GCUGCCGGAGGAGCGCAUCGGUAGCCCGCCGCAAGCAAGCAAGCGAGCCAGCAAUCCGGCGUAUACGGUGUGUGCGUGCGUGCGUGUGUGUGUGUGCGUGCGGGCCCGUUGAAUGUGGGUUACUGGGCCCAGCAGCCUGCUGGUGAGCCGCGGUGGUGGUGGUGGUGGUGCCGUUUCCGAGACUUUCGCCGCCUUCGCGGUGCGGAUGGUGGCCGUGCGUGUCGGCUUCCGGCGGUCACGCCGCGAUCGCCGCCGUUCCCGAACCCUCUCGGCCCGAAGAAGCCAGCGACCAGCGUCGGCGACGCUCGCCACCCUUGACCUUUGCCGACGACGAGCCGCGGCGGCAGCACAAGUAGCAGCAGAAGCAGCAGCCCUCAAAAGGUCCUAGAUGGCGUCCUCUGGGCUGGUGAAACAGGAGGAGGAGCCGUACGAGCUGACCAUGUACUCGUCCUCGUCGUCCCUGUCGCCAGGUGACGCGGCGCCCCGCAAGCUGCAGUGCCACUCGCCCAGCCUGUCGCCGCCGCUGAGUCCCCACGAGUUCUCCUGCUCGUCCACCACCAGCGUCACGCACCAGGCACCUCCCUCCCCGCCAAUCUUGGGUCACGGCUCGAGUGGCGGUCACUCCACACGAGGCUCCUCGGGGCAUCACCACAACAACAGCAACAACCACCAUGGCGGGGGCGGGGGUGGUGGAGGCAACUCGCCGCGCCGGUUGUGCCUCGUGUGCGGGGAUGUGGCUUCCGGCUACCACUACGGGGUGGCCUCGUGCGAGGCCUGCAAGGCUUUCUUCAAACGGACCAUCCAGGGCAACAUCGAGUACACGUGUCCCGCGUCGAGUGACUGCGAGAUCAACAAGCGGCGGCGCAAGGCAUGCCAGGCCUGCCGGUUUCAGAAGUGCCUCAAGAUGGGCAUGCUCAAGGAAGGGGUCCGGUUAGACAGGGUUCGUGGCGGCCGCCAGAAGUACCGGCGAAGCACGGACGGCCCCUACCACGUCCAGGCGCUCACCCCCAAGAAGGUCUCCCUUGAAGACAAUGUGAUAAUCUCGGCGCUGGUGCACUGCGAGCCGGAGCCGCUGCUGGCGAUGACCAACGGGUCGUCGUCGCCCUCGCUGGACAGCCACUACAAGAUGGUCAGCGUGUUGAGCGAACUCGUGGACCGGGAGCUCGUGGCCACCAUCAGCUGGGCCAAGCAGAUACCCGGCUUCACCGACCUGACGCUCAAUGACCAGAUGCGCCUUCUACAAACCACCUGGGCCGAGAUCCUCUCCCUGGCAUUGGCCUACAGGUCGUGCCACCUGAGCCCCCCCGUGCGGCUAAUGUUCGCCUCGGACCUCGUGGUGGACGAGCGGCAAGCGUCCGAGUGUCGAGCCGAAGAGCUCUUCCUGCACACCGCCCACCUGGUGAAGCGGCUCGAGGCCCUCUCCGUGUCCCGGGAGGAGUUCCUAGCCCUCAAGGCCCUGCUACUCACCAACGCAGACAUCCAUCUCGAGGACGCGUCCUCAGUGCACAAGCUGCGUGACGCUGUCCUUCAGAGCCUGCACGACUGUGUGGCCGCGCAGCGCAGUUCUUCCACAGCUUCCUCAUCCUCAUCGGGGUCUGCCUCUUCUCCCACCUCAACGCCCGUGUCGACGACGACGACAACCACAGCCAAUGGCAACAGUGCGGCCACGCAGCAGCUGGCCUCCGCGACGGCGAUAGCCUCCCACUCGAGUCAGCUGCUGAUGUGCCUGCCCCUGCUGCGGCAGCUGGACAUGGUGGUGCGCCGCUUCUGGAAUGGUGUCCGCAGGGACGGCACGGUGCCCAUGAACAAGCUGUUUGUCGAGAUGCUCGAGUCACACUCGCUGGUGCGGUGAGCACGUGCGCACGGUGGCACUCUUCAUUUUGGCAGGCAGCUGCGUUGGUGGCCGGUGGGGGAGUGUGCCCGUGUCGCUCGGUGAUGCGCCUGUGCACCGUCUCCUUAGUUCUGUACAGUGUUGCAGAGGCUACAUUGCGUGCUAUCCUCUUUGCUGCCUUCCUCUGGCAAGGAGCUGGCAGGAGGAGGAGGCCCAUCACACGUGCACGCUGCUUCUCUAGUUCUGUGCACUAGUGCCGAAGCUUGCACCUGGCCUGUCGGGGAUGUGCCGAACCAGCUGCGUGUGUGUGUGUGAACUGGCAGACCACUGUUGCGUCUGUCAGUCUUUUGCGCUCCCGGUGGUGUUGCACAGGCUUGGUGACGACAUUACUCAACUUCUGCUGGUUCAGGUUGGCGCGAACCAGAGACGAGUUUGUUGCGAAGCCGUCAGGAUGCGCAGCUGCUUCGGUGCAACUCAUGGCAGCUAGACUCGCUUCUGCAGCCGUUUGUCUGCUGCACUACUGCACUGAAUCGGAGCGAAAGCAGAUAGUAGUCUUGGGAAGAGGGGAGCACUGUAAUGCAGAGGAAGUUGCUAGUCUAUCGUAGCCGACUGCUAGUGGACUGCGAGCUGCUGCUUCUGCUGCUGAGAGGUUUGGCAGAGAGCUUUAGUAUUGACUGACGUGGUGGCUGUGGCUCACAGACUAGAGAGAAUUCCGCGUGUAGAGGUUGAUUCCCAUCAUUGAGGCAUAGUUUAGAAUUUGGUAGUCGAGGGAAGUCGAGCUCUAUUGACGCAGCUAGCUUGUCUGCCUGGCACGGCGUAUCAUCGUGCAUGGCCCAGUGCUUAGCCGGCAAUGCGCCAGGACAAGUUCAUGACCCAGAGUGCUAGCUCACGAGAGACUGUUUGUGCUGCUGACCGGGCAUCGUAUCUGGCACGUUGAUUGUGCAGGUUGAAGAGCGAGUUUGUUGUCUGGAUUGGCAAGUUUCCUAGUUUGCAAUGUGUGCCCAACAUUAGGGGACACCAAAUGGGGUGGUUUGAAAUAGCUGUAAGACACUUCGCAAACAUCUGUAAUCAGGCCAUUCUAAGUUGAAUCUAUUUAACAUUCUCGUUGCUAGUCAGCGAGGGGCUUUUUUGUUGUGGUACCUUGUGCCAGUUAUAGUGUGUAGAUGAUGAGGUGCGCUAACCAGGCCAUUGUGUGAGAACAGGCUGGCUAGCUGCAGUGGUUUGGCAAGUUCUUGUCAGGCUGAAGUUGCAUGUGGUGCGACAUUCAGCCAGCAGAGUAUCAUGCUUGACAUGUUCAGGACCCCCUUUUCCAACUCGUUGACUGAUUGGGCAUGUUAGUUCACAAGGCUGCUGUCCGAGAGUCUUGAGGAAGUCAUGCUGCUUGCUCAGGCAAUCAAAAAGGCUCAUACUUUUUCUGUCAUGUUCGUUCAGGCUCAGCAAUACCUAACCAUUGGCAUUAACUGGAGGACUGUACGCUUGGAAGGUGCGUGUUUCACAGGAGAUUUGUUCCAUGUACAGCUACAGUGCUUGGAAAUUGCAAAAACUGCAUCAGCAGAAUGGGAUACAGCAUUGGCCAUAGUGCCUGCGUUGCGGGCUGCAGAUAUCAGCGACAUCGACAGCCGCCAGUGCUUUGUCUCGGCAGCAGCUCACGACAGUUACUCGUCGAAGCUAUACGAAGGGCCGUAGUCAGUGGAUCCUGGGUAGAUGUUAGAGGAUCAGUCUCUCUAGGACGGCUUGUUAGGACACCCUUAUGGAGCGGGCACCGCAUCACUGCUGUAGCGUUUGCACUCUAGAGUGAGCACCUAGUGAAAGUCUUCGAAAUGUACCCCAAAGUAGAAGCAUACGGGCCGUCUCUUGCGUUAGUGCUAAGACCUGCUCCGCACCAUGCAGCUAUAGACGGUGGAACACCGCAGAUGAACUAUUUUAGGAUGUAAUUGGUUGAGUGCCAGUCAACUUUUGCUGUUAGGUCAUUGUUUCACGCUCUUCGCUGUACGCCGAGAGUGUGGGUUGGGUUUUUUUUGCCACGUUGUGUUUGGGGGCUGGGAACUUUGUUGUUUUUGGUGUGGAGAGCCUUGUUUUGUUGACUGUUAAUGUUGCUGAAAACAGUUGUUACGUGUUGUAGUUGGACAUGUGGUGCCGUGUGCUUGAACUGUGUGCUUGUGCAUGUGUGAUUGUGCGGAGGACUGCGUCAAGAGUGGGAGAGAGGCGAGGGGGUCAAGCCAUUUGCAAGAGGAUCGGCGGCGUGCCGCAUUGCACGGAGUCGUUCAAAUUGGGUGAAGUCCGCCUCCGUGGCACGGAUGCACCGGCGAGGCAUUGCGUCAUAUGUUCAGCAGCAGGUCAGUUGAACCGUGUUGCACCGAGUUGCCAACGUGCACACUUCACGCACACCUCUUCAUGUUGAGAUGGACACCAGCGGGGCAGCCCUAGGUGCUGUUGCUAUGGUCCUAUGCUGCAACUGAGGUCCAUGCUCCGAUUUCAGCCUUUGUGACGACCGCCUCCUGCAGUAUGCACUUAAUGGCCAAGGUAGUAGCAGCGGUCGGGCCAGUUAAAGUUGUACGAAAAGACUUACUAGACCGAUCGCUAACAAUAGUGAUAGGCUGUGCAUUGGCAAUUCUAUACUACAUAUUUUAAAGUGUCGAAAACAGAGCAGCGUACCACGAUUUUCAACUGUGUGCUUGUACAACCUAAUGCAGCAAUGGGACAGAGUUAACAUAGCUAGCUGCUUAUGCUACGGCUAAAAAAAAAAAAAAAAGAAACUGAUCGAAAACUUUUUUGUCCGAUGCUGCUUUCACGCGGUAUCUUUGUAAAAAUCAUUUUGCUAGGACUCUUUAGCAGCCUGUAGUAUCCCCAAUGUUCUUGUUACAAUGUCGGAGUGAUCUACACACUUUAUGGCAGGUUAGGUUAGAUGGGAUGAAGGUUUUCGUCUUAACGUGAACAACCCAGCUUCUGCUAUCCCAGCCAUUUCAUGCAUGUGCUGUUGGGACAGUCUGUUUGGUGAAGACAGAAAUCAAAGCAUGGGCCCAGCAUAGUCUGCAGUGAAGACUGCGGACGACGGCCGGAGAAGUGGACGUUCGAAGCUGCAGACGGCAUUUGAGAUCCAUUGAGAUUCCCCGCGAGAGGCUUCAAGCCGCUGACUGUGUGCUGGGAACUCGAGGAUGCCAAUGCGGGUGGCAUGACCUGUGCGGUUGGAGAUUGACCGAAGUCGGGACGCACAAGGGCGCGCCGUGUUUGAACUUUGGUUUGCCACACAACGUACUGGAACGCAACGUCUUGACCUGCCACUGCGGUGUACCUUGCGACGGACCUGUUGCGUCGUACCGUGCAUUUUAGUUCCUGGCCCUUUCCAUCACGCAAGCGACUGUGCACGUGUUUACCUUUUUCUUUUCUUUCUAGCCAUGUUUCUGUUGUAGCCAUCAUGUCUUUCUUUUUUUUUUAUUAGAGACAGAUUAUUUUGUUGUUUGCUGCUGUUGACUGUCAUACCUUUUGUUUUGCAUUUCUGCCUCCCUGUGUUGACCCUUUCACCAUUUUCAACAAACCUGCUCUGUUGUGGUGCACAUUUUUAUGUCUUCGAGACUGCCACGUUAAAGCGCGCUUCGGAGAGGCACACCUCCCAUUUGUUUGAGUGCCAAUACAUUACAGAGGCGAUCUUGUUGAACUUUUUGACUCUUUUCUCCCAAGCUUGCCUUGUAAGCAAAGCGGGAAAGGCAUUUCUUUCCCCCCCACUCUGUUUUACUGCUUGUUUUUGUGUUCGUCGCUCCUUGCAUUGAAUUGAGAGUCCUAGGAUUGUGGGGUAGGUGGAGGUUGUUGGUAGCGGAACGGUAGUGCCUCCGUAUUGAAACGGAGGCACGUUUAGGUUUGCAUUUUUGCGCAGUUCAUGCUAGCUCGUACGUUUCUUUCAAUCGUUUAUCAUCACGUUCGUUUUCCAUUGCGGGCAAGCUAGGCGCUAGUAAGCACGCACAUGAUAGCGCUGGGGAUGCACCUGUCGGCACUUUGCAGAACAUCACACACACACACACACACACACUCACUCACUCACGUACGUUUCGUCGAUCAUCAUUCUAUGUUUGACUGGUUGCAACUGCCAUUGAUUCUUUGUCUGUAGGGAGGGGGGAAGGGAAGAGCACCGUUAAAAGUUUUGCAAGUAGAUCUCGCUGUUUUGUGUCGCAGGGUGUUUAUAAAAUGGCACUUGCCGGCACUGGAAAUGGCUAUCCAGCUAUGCGUGGCCACUGUAAGCAGCGCAGCUUUUACAAGCCACGAGACGCUAGCUCUGACAGUUUUCGUGAAGGGCCUGUCAUUUGUAAAGAAUGAGUACUGUGAAGACUUUUCAGCAACACUUUUUUUGAUCCGCACGCCCCUUAUGGUCGUGCAGUCAUCUUUCAAAAUGUAGCGUUCCCAAGCUAUUCAGGAAUUUCUACAUGUGAUGAAAUCAUGGAAAAUGUAGCUAGGUCAAAAUGGGCGAUUUACAGUGUGCUGGGCUCAUGCCAUUUUGGCAAGACUACAUUUGACCUGUCACUGCUGUUAUGAGCUUCUUUUCAGGACUUUCAUGUGCACAUUUUUCUUUUUCGUAGCUGUGGUCAUUGAAAGCACAGUUUUCAUUGUUUGCGCCACGUCCUCUCUUGACCUCUGGGCGCCGUCACUGAAAUCUGGACUUGACUGUGGGUCAGCAGCUUCAAGUUAUGCAGUGCACUGCCCAUAUAAAAUGUUUGACAUUUUUUUCUUGUUGUCUUAUUUCAGUGAUGCUAAGUUGAUUCUAUUCUCGAUAACUGUUCUUUGUCUCGCAGCAUGACGUUGGUAUACACCUCUGGCAGCAUGCAUUGCAUUUUUUGUGUCGGGGACUGUACCUUUUCUUGUUGAUCACACACUGCCUGACUGGGCUGCCUACUCUGAGGAGAUAACAUGAAAUUAGCAACCUUUUAGAUUCUGACGUCAAAGAAUGUGCACUCUUGUUUGUCUGUCACGAACACCACACAACAUUGUAGUUCCCAACAGAAAUGCACUGUGCAUACAACAACAAGAUAGAGGAAGCUUCCACUACUCAUUUUGGGACAUAAUUAUUGUGCAAACUGUGAAAUCGUAGCUCAGUUAGGGUAUAAAUUUGUCCCACAGCAAUAGGUGUCGCUAGUGCUGUGUGAGCUUGCUCAACUCUUUUUGUUACCUGCACCAAUAGAAAUUGAUCAAUUUUAUUGACAGUUUUUCUAAGUAUCGUUAAAUGUUUCCGUUGGAAUUCUCCUACUAGUAACACGUCUGAAAUGGUGACUGAACAUUAACUAUUUGUCAGAUUUGACAAUUUUUGGCAGAUUGUGGAGUCUGGAAAAAUGAAACUUGUACUGGGGGUAUUGUCUAAACUAGUCUCCAGUGUUCCUAGCACUUUAUCAAUGAGAAGACUCAAAAUUUGCCCUUUGGUUGACUCGGCAACAUACUUUUUAAAUGACAGCAACAGCGAAGACACAGACGCAUCUCUCCGGUUGUCAAUUUUCUCAUCUGACAUAUGGGCAGUUUUAACGAUGUCUCAAGUAACGCCGGGUGCUCAUGAGUCCGUGUUAUUUUUGUUAUUGUGUUAGACUAAUAUCAAGUGCAACAUUAUUUUCCCCACCGCUGGUUGCAUUUAUCCAUCGGUGCUUCGACAGCAUAUCAUAUGUACAAGUUAUUAUGGGCAAUACUUGCCGUUAUGUGAGGUUUUCACUCGCACCAGAGCAUGCCGUUGAUUUCAGACCGACCUUCGACCGAUGCUGGACUAGCAGUCCAAUCUCUUACUUUGUGAACACCGCCUGUGCAAGUGGCCUUAUUCAUUACUGUACAAUAUUAUGCAACACUCCACAUUACUGUACAGCACUGUACAGGAACUGAAGAAAGCAUGUGUAGGCUUCCAGAAUCAGUUGAACUCCCACCUGGACCACCUUGUCUUCACAGAAAAGCUGAUUGAAUGCAGUAUCCAAGUAUGAGGAAGCUUCUGCAUGCUGUCUGACCUGACAGCCAUUGCUUUGCGAGUGUAAAAAAUGCAGUUGAAAACAAACCAUCUGCCUCUGCAAAGAGUAAAAACAAAUGCUUCCUGUACAAUAGGAACUUGCCCGUUUUGACAUUUGCGAAGCUAUUGCUUUCCCGCAUAGCGUGGGCUUCACCGUGGCCACCACCAUGGCUAGUAUUGAUGCCGACAAAUUGUCAUAAUAAUUUUUUUGAGUGAUCUGACUUGCAAAAGUUGGGAACUAGAAACCAGAUUGAUAUUUUGUUAUUUGUUUUUUUUUUAACUCUCAGGGCUUAUACUAAAAAUAGCUAGUUAUUACUUUCAAUUGUGUUCCUUGAGGUGCUUCUUUGAAGUUCCACAUAGGAAUUCUCAACAACUGUCUACGCAAUUAUUACUGCUUUACAGCCAUUAAAAACACCAGUGAUCAGGCUAUAAUUUUAGGUAUCACAGUAUACGUUGUGACUACUACGUCUUUAAAUAAAAUAGUAAAGCAUAAAAGCACCAGCAAUGAGCACAUUUCUAGCGGUAACAAAAGAGUUAGUUUGUUUCAUAUCAGGCACUUUGCUGUCAUGUGUGCCAUGUGCAUUUCUGUGUCCCAUAGCGUUAUUUACCAGUUGCACAUUAUCAAAAAUGACCAUCAUUGUUGACAAAAUUCCUCGAUAGGGUAUACAACUUUGACACUUGUAAGCACUUACUUUUUCUUUUUAAUUACCCCUAAACGAGAGCGCAGUUGCACCUCAAAGAAUGUAAGGUGGUAAACAGUGAAUGUUCGCACUUUUAAAGUGACACCCUUUAGAGUGUAACUUUCUCAUGCAUCAAUAUUCGUCACAAACCUCAUGCGCAUUUUCAUUCUUUAAUGUUGUGCACCCAGUACUUUCCUAUCAAAAACACAUCUGCAUAUCUGUGGGAUGCAUAUCUGUGCACACUGCACACUGUGGGAUGCAUAUCUAAGCAUCCCACAGUGUUUCUUGACAGGAAAUUAGCGGCUGCACAGCAUUAGAGAGGAAAUGCACGCAUGGUUUAUCAUGAAAGUUGUGUAAUAAAAGAUAUCCUUAAAAGGUGCACAUUUCUAAUGACACAAGCAAUUCCUUUCCGGAAAAAAAAAAAGCAAAGAGAGAGACUUACACUUUAACUACGGUCAGUAUUACACCUCAGGGGGCAGUCACAUCCCAGAGGAUGUAAGGUGUUUAGUUACACACCAAAGGGUGUUACAUGCCAAAGAGUGCACCUUACACCCUGUAGUGAAUGACUGCACUCUUUGGAGGAGGGUAUGUGCUUAAUGUCGUGGAGGCAAUGCCAUAGUCAGAAAUGUCGUGCUGUAUCUUGCAUUAUACAAGACUCUCAGCACAUCAUGCAUGUUGAACACCUUUUUUGAUCCUUUUGUGUCUAGUGCUUCCAACCUUGCCAAUUGAAAACUCUGUGUGAUCAACAAGGAUAGUUACAGUAACAGAGACAGCAACCACAGUUACUUUCACUUAACUCUUGUUACCCCCUGUAAAAAAAAAAAAAAAAAAAAUCCUGCUCAGACUUGCAGCUUUUAAAGCACAGUCUAUCUCUUUUCUUCAUUCGUGACUUAACAAGUUUAUGAUUUGUUGUACUUUCACAUCUUUGGUUCAUAGUUCUCGCAAAAACUAUUGUGAUGAAACGCGAAACCUUUACCCCCAAACUUGGCUAGCUUUUUUCUGCCACAGCAACUGUGUCGCACUUAGGCAUGGUGGCCAAUUUUUGAAGAAAACUUCACGGCACUUUCCUGGCACGAGACAGUGAAACUUGUCAAGAAACUAUCAGCUAUGAAAUUGUGUUGCUGAUAGUUCUCUACGUGCAUCACAUGAAGUCACCACAUUUGUUUGUCUUUCUGUCUCUCUCUUUCUUCCCUCCCCCCCUCGCCUUUUCUUUUCAUUCAUGGCUUCUAUGAGUUCACAGACAGCCUUCUCAGGAAAUACUUGCUUAACUCAAGACGGGUAACAGGGGGAUGUCAAAACUAGGAAGGUUUGGUGGAACCAGUGGGACUUUGCGAGACCGAGCAGAUUCACGUUGCUAUGAGUUUUUUUUUUCCCUACUUAAGGAAGUUCCCAUCAGGAAAUUAAGGUUUAUGAAGCCAAAUAUUGCUAACUGUUAUGGUAAAAAUGAAAAGGGAAUCGGAGCAUGCAAUAUGUCAAGAUAUGCAAAGUUUGAUUACAAUAGAAAAAAAAAACAUUUUUUUUCUUCUUCCUAGAUGAAAGGAUGAAGUGCUGUACCUUGGGAAAGCAUAGCACUUACGGCCAAUAAAGUUUGCAUAGCUUGGGAACUGGGAAACAAUUUCCUAACAGCCAACUACUCAGUGUUGCUGGGUAUUCAAAGGCGCACUCUGUCAUUGUGCGUUCGAAAGCUGCCACGCACCCCUACAUUUCAGGCCCAUGAGAGAUCUCGCUUAAAUUUUUCAGCCCAGUCUGACUUGUGGACUGCAAAAAAAAGAAGGAACUCUUCAGAUAUAUAUUUUUUUUGUCUUGGUAAGAAGGCUUGGGUGUUUCAACUUCAGGCCUAGGUUUUACCACUGCCAAGGAGACUUAAGACAGCGGCUUGGUCAGUGGGCCAGUAAUUGGUGACCCUGGCGAAUGGGCAGAGCAAUAUUAUCAACCACGGAGUACAAAUAGCCUCAAGCAGUUUGUUGCGGCUGGCAUCGAGCAAGGCUGCAGCCAGUGUUGGGACUUUUUGCCAGAGCUGACAACAGGGAUUUCUGCAUAUAUUUAAUGGUUCGCGGGCAGUUCUGGCAUUCACAUACAAGGGAGAUUCAUCACUUGCGUGUCGCUGUGACUGCACUGUGCUUGCGCUUUUCACAUUCUUUUCUGUGGUAUCAUAUGUCGCGGUUACCCCAUAUAGUGCAAGAGGCUUGCCUUGAGAAACGGACAGUUGGGGUUUAUGAAAGGUUUGGUUUACCGGAUGUGGUGGCCAGUGAUCACGCUGACUAACCUGCCCUGCAGUUUGCCUUGUUUAGCCCGUGUGUGUGAUAUCCCUGGUUUUGCGUAUUGUCAUGCUUGUGCAAAUGCUUGAAAACCAUGUGUUUACAAACGGUGUGUGCAGCAGGCUUCUGUUAGUUGAUGUUUGGACAUAUAGUGAAACUGUGUUGGUUCAACUUUUUCACGUGACCAGCAGCAGCGUAAUUAUUUUGUAUUAUAGUUGGUACAUUGUAGUAUAUUCGGUUGCCCACUGAAACAUGGACUUACGGUGAAUUUCCCUGGACGUUCUGGACGGGCUUCUUGAAUCCACAAAUGAGUGCUUAGAUAGUGCUCGAAUUUCACAAAUCCAAGUCUAUCAAAGGUAAAAUGCUGUAUGCCGAAUUGUAGUGAAAGUUAUGUGCGGCCAGAAUCCCUUUAGGUGCGAUGAAACAUCAGGUUAAAUCUGUGCAAGAGAUAUUGAUCCACUGCAGAUUGAAAUUGCCCCAAAACAAGCAGCAUAAGACUUCAGUCUGGUCCGAACUGAGAGACCACAUUCUUUGCCUUAAAGAAUGUGAACCUGCUCCAGAGUGACCAGUAGAAUUCACCCUGAGAUUAGAGCACAUGCAGCGUGAGAAUCUGUAAAACAUCAGGCAAAUGUAUCCUUUGAAAUAUUCUUGUUACUGUGCAAUGUAAUCGUUGAUGGCGCCGGUUUGAUGGCAUGGGGUUCAUUUGGAAGGUUCUGCACUAAUUGCAUGAGUGUCUACUGCCAUUCGCUGAUGUAUUGCACUGAGAGACUACAGUUUCAAACGAUAUGUGGACAGCGGUAGGAGGUUAUAAGUUGUGAUUUGCUGCUGUCGUCCAGCUUGGCACACUCAGUGUUUGUGUGUGAAUGACUGAUGAUCCUCUAUGCACGCUUGUGCUGAUUGGCAGAAACGAAAUUUUUUGUUCAUUGCUAUUCGUUCUUGCUCGUGGCUCGCAACAGCAUUAAGUUUCUUGUCAACAAAUGGUACUUCCAUAUUCAGAGCUCCCUUAGUACUUUUUCAGUGGGAUUGGCUGUGCAGGUUUUUCUGUUUUCAUUUGUUUUUAAACGUGAAGUGAUAGGCAGCUGUGAUGGGUUAUUGUCUUUCGCUUGUGAAAGACAGCUUUAGUGAGGCAUGGAGUAUUUAGCAUGUGUGACUCACAGAGAAUGAGGUAAGCUGAAGUACCAUUGCACAUAAACUCAGCAACGAAGCAUGUCAUAACAUUGUACGGAUGCAUGUUUGCAGAAGCGUGCACUGCCAGGCAUGUUCCAUGCACUACGCAGUCAUGGUAGCACUGGAAUUUGUGGUCAAGCUGUUGGAUUGUGUGACAUAAACUGAAGCUUGCACAGCAAGCAUUAGCAAUAGUGUCUAACCUUGUCUGAGGAACAUCGCCCAAUGUUGAGGACAAGGUUGAGAUACAUUUGACUGUUAUUAAAACUGAAGCUUAACAGUGAUGCACUGGAAGUGGCAUUUCCUUAAGUUGGUGGAAGUUAUUCGGUCAUUUGCCAAUAUCUAGGUGGUUACGCAAACAUGAUAACGCUUCAUGACCAUUUGCAUUUUUGGUGUUGUAGUCCCACGAAAAUUUCGCACAGCAAUACUGCAUUGUUCCUUCACUUCUUGAUUUUUGUUUCAUUGUCGAUGUACCUCUUUUGUCUGUCAACCCAUGUGUGUGUCACACCAGGACACUUCAAUAUUAUCAUUUCUUUGAUCUUUAAGAAUUCUUUUAGGGCAACAUUCACUGUACAUAGCUGUGAACAUGAAAGGAAUCACCUGUCACUCCUUUAAAACCCUGACAUUGCCACCACGUCAUGUUUUGAAACUUCUAUGGGGUCGUGAUUAUUAUUGUUAUUUUUUUUAAUCAUGAGUCGGUCCAGCAUCACCCAGCUGGAGUUUGGUUAGGUUCGGUAAGCAGCGUUCUAAGUUGCUUUUCAAGCUCAAGAUAUGCAGCUUUCCCCAGACAUUGUGAUUUAGUCUGCAUGGCUGUGUUUUGCAUGUGAGAAGCUGUCUUCUACAACUAGUCUUCAGAAAAACUGCAUUGGCCAGUCGUAGUCACUUAUUGGGACUAGCAUGUAGACUGUGGUAUUUGAAACAGGACUGGUCUUAACAGCCGCAUAUGUAUUCCUUUGUCAUUUCAUUCAUUACACUGCCAUUUAGGAGGAGGGUAUACCACCUGCAGCUUGCUAGGAAAUCCCGAGUGCUCUCCAAGUUUUCUGUAGGGUGUAAGAAAGAAACCAUGCAUGCAGUUUCAUUACACAUUGGCCUAGAUGUCUGCAUGCUCUCAAAACAAAAGUGGCUGCAUGAAUGCUGUUCCGGAAACAUGCUGUAGUGUGUGUUUUUAUUCAUGUCUCACUGCAGUUCUAAGUUGCUUACUGUAUGUGUGGCAGCCAGCACUAUUGCAAGGCAAUGUAGUGGGGGGUGCUUGGAUGUUUGCUGGUUGCUGAGCCAAGUGUGGUGACGUUUGCUUACCCUGGACAAGUAACUGCACAAGAGGGGAAUGGUAAUGCAAGUGAAUGCGACACCUACGACUCUUCGUCUGUCAUCUUUGUCGUGGACACGGCGUCUGUCAACAUCGCCAUCUACAGACAAUGCACUGUGUUGUUUGUGACACUGGUGACCCAGUGUGAUCCGUAUUCUGUGUUUGUGUCGCUUCCCCCCUUUUGGCCCAUUACUUGUCAAAGGUUAAGCAGAGAUUUGCAUAUAGGACCGUUGCACUUGUGUUGCUUCCGUCAAAGCCCCGCCUGGCACUUAAGGCAUGCGACAGUGAUGCAAAGAGCUUUGGUUAACACUCUGGCAUGAACACACACUCGCUAAUAAUUGCGGAGCACAGGGCGCUCAUCUUGUCACGCGUCUAUCCUUUGUGAUCAUCUGCUCAUACCAGAGCUUUGUGUGAACCUGUGCGCAAACUAGCCCAACAAAGAAGUGGCUCUAAAGCUGUUCUCGUCGGCCUCCAGAGCUUUGGAGCGCUAGGGAUGCAACCCAAGCACCACCACUGUACUGUCCUGUUAACCAUGUGCUCGGUGGCCUGGUAAAUUUUGAGUAGGAGUGUGCAUCGAGAGCCCCUCUUCGAAGCUGCCACUGCCGUGGUAUGUUCCGAACAGACAAUGUGUAAAUCCCCCGCCGCGAGAAAAAAAAAAAAAUCCCGAUGUUUUCAAUGAUAAAUUGCACACUUCGGUACUGCGAAGGUUAGGUUAUCUGUUUUUUUUUUUCCCUCCUUUUUUUUCUGUAGUCGAAAAGUUCUACACGACUUCCGUGCGUUAGCGUAGUUCCGUCGGCGUAAUCUAGUGAGCGAGUUUGCGACAUCCUCCACCAGAGGCGCAACCUUCUGUGCGCCCUCUAACGUUUUACACCUUUGUAGUCUUGCUGCAAAAUCCGUACGUGCCCAUUUGUUGUAUUUCCCUCGUGCAACGCUGCGCGCCCGUACCACCCUUUUAAAGAACCUUGCUCAUUUCAGAGCCUCUCGUAGCGUUACAGGCAGGAAAUAGUAUUGGGAGCGUAACGAUAAGGACGAUAACGAUAACCGCUUGUGCCAAGACUACAUGCUAAAGGGUUGCAAAAUGGCGCUCUUGACCAUGUAGUACUUGUCCCAUGAUUUCUAACUGUGCAGCGAAGCAGGCGAUCGGUCGAACUGUGGUAUUGGGCGCAUGUUUAGAUUCUGCAAGUGACUUUUUCACUUGCAACUUGCGAACGCACAUGCUACGAGUCUGCGUGCAGCAUGCAGCGUCCCUUCAACGCCACCUAGGCGAGACAAAGCAACCAGCACGUUAAAUGUUUACAAGCGUUGAUCAACUGGGUUACGCGACGUUAGCUUAAAUGUGUGCCGCUUGCUUUAAAGCUCGAUGAGGUACAAUUUAAGAAGUUGUGUUAUCUUGUUAUUGGUGCUGGAUUUAGCGUGGCUGUAUCGUUCCCGCUUCGUUCCCUUUAUUUGCGGUAAUUCAAUGCAGUGUAUCGCUUCAAUUCCUGAAAUUGCGAUCUUCCUCAACAUUUAUAAAGUGCUCGAACAACGCGUCAAGUUUCCGCCGACAUAAUCGAGUUUAUCUUAGGUAUUUUCAUUUUAAAAGCAGCAAGCUUAAUCCAAACUGGUUCAACAGGCACGUUCGCUCCCCCUUCCUCGAAAUUCCUCUGUGUAAGGUUACUCGGGAUAAAACGAUGUGCGACGACACCCGAUUGCAUCCCCCUCCUCCCCCAGUCAAGCGCGUGCCCCUCCCCAGAAAAAUAAGUAAAAAAAAAAAAAAAAUUUCCGGCUACGCCCAUUGAUGGGAGGUGAAGCCAGCGCUUUCCCGUACUUCACCUCCGAAAGAGCCGCAGCAGCAAGAGGCCGCUCACAGUUCAAGGGUUCUUGCUCCUUGAGUGUAUACUAAUGAAAUCCCUUUUUCAGGCGAAAAUAUAUUACCUUUGGCUGUGUAUUGACCUCCCAUAAAAUUUGUCUAGGCGUUCGAACUAAUGAUAAAAAAAGACACGUUGAGCGGCAUCAGCAAGGCGGAAUUAGUCAUCGUAAACCCGCGCGAAGUGAUCGGACAGCGCUUCCUAUGUCAUCCACUAUGCGCUAACGUUAUCUUCGUGUCUAUGGUAAGAUGGCCGCGGUUCGACUUCACGUUUUGGGACAUCCUCUCUACUGUAGUUUACUACUAUGCGUGCUUUCCAAAAUAUUUCCAGGACCGCCUCUGCCUAUCGAUUUAAGGCAAUCCGCCUUCAUGUAAUCGAGGGCAGUUAAAAGAUGAUUUAUGUGAAUGUACCAGCCAAUCACGUUCGCUCAUUUCUGCGACGUCACAUCCCGAGAACCGUUCUGGAGGAAGCUCGACACCGAGUAUGUACGUUGAAUUGUCGUCCCCUGCUUACAUGGAUUGAGUUAUCUGCGAUGAUACAAUACUGUCGAACUGUUAUUUGCAAACGUGAUUACCAGUUAUGCCUUGCCUCGCCUAGGUGGCGCUCGCUCAGCUGCGUAAACGUUAAGCUUACGGUGCGGUCGAAGCACACGCGGAGUACCUCGCGUUGUCCACACUCUAAAUGUUACACCUUUUGAAGCGUUACUUUGUCGUAUAUUUCUAACGGUGCACUAUUUAAAAAAAUGUACACCAAAUUUUUUGUCUCACUGCGAUAAUCGCGUGUGGACGUUGUCGCUCUGCGCCCAUUACUUUUCUGUUGGAAAGGCUAAGGACCCAUUAUACCUGCGUGGCGUUGUUGAUGAGAAAGUACCGGGCCCGCCACGUUUGAGAAAAAAAAAAGGGGGGGGGGGGAAGAAAGAGAGAGAGUUGCGCACGAGAUUGGUGACGAUAAUUGCUGUGUAACAUAAUUACACCAUAAAGGGUGUCGUAGCUUGGUGCCCCAAAGGGCGCAAAAUUCGACCGAGUUGUGUGAUAAUGUAAUACCUCAAUGGGUGCAACACAUUUUAGAGUACAUCCCGCGGAACUGAAAGAUCGCCUCAUUUGCCUGCUCACAGCAGUCUGACAAACCAUGAAGGCGUCUUUUUUUUAUUCUCCUCACCACGUCAGACAACGACACUCGGUUGCCAAAGUUGCUGCCCGUGGCAAGGGCGCGUUCGGGGGCGCAUUUGCGGGAUGUUCUUAAACGGGGUCACGUGACUGGAAGCGCUGUCGAAAUUUCGUUCACGUCGAGCAUGGAGCCCACUGUCAUUGUUUGCUGCGGUUGUCGUUCUGCUCACGCUCAUUCUAUCAAGUGGAAGAAAGCGAUGGUCUGUGUCACGUGACCUUUCCGAGCAGUUUCGAAUCCACUUAAUCUAGGGUGUCCUUGCCUUAUGCAAUACAAUUUCUUGCUCCAAAAGCCGGCAAACGAUUUUUGUUGUAGGACGUGGUGCCCAGAAAGGGUAGGAAUUUUAACUGGCGACCCCAACAGUUCUUCAGUUAGCCUGCGAAGAUUACACUAUGCACGUACGACCGGUCGGUAUUGCUUUUUUUUUUUUUUUCGUUCGGGAGAUUCAUAUCCAGGUAGAAAGCCCGUCGAGAUCUUUACAAAUGAUCUGAACUUUCCCGUGUCAUUUCAUUUUUAUUCCGCUCCGGAGUGUUGCCACGCCUUGUGGGGAACACAAAUGAUAACACAUUUCACAUUGCGGGGGUUGUAUUACGUUGUCUGACUUAUCGACGCAGAUAUCGGGCAGUUUCAGCGUAAUGGGGACGUGCGUACCAGCGUAGAAUUUGUCGAUUGAUCCGUAAACGGAACAUCUGCGGCGCUCGUGGCAACAUCUCGUGACCCAGCAAUAAGCAACAAUAUGCUGGUCCAAACGUUUUGGAAGUGACGUAAUCGCCAUGGAAGUUAUUUUUCGAUUAAUUUUUCGAAUCGCGGAGUCGUGUGAGAGAAACGUUUUCGGCGUUGCGAGAUGUUGCCGUCGGCGCUGCUGUUUGAUACGACUUACGGUAUUGCAGUCGUCUACGCUAGUAUACGUAUAAUCCGCGGUUCUAAAACUCCCUACGGUCGCAGUAGGACUUUGGGCACGUAAGCUGUUGGGACGUGUCGGCGUGACACGGAUACAUGUCGACGGGUGGUAAAGCGAAAAUGAUAAAAAAAAGUGUGCGUUCUUUUUUCCUUCAGUGCCUGCCGUGUACAUAAGCGUGCAUGAUAUAUUGCCAGAGGAUUUUUUUUUUCUCGAGUGUCCCACGUCGGAUUAUUUUGUUUCCUUCUGUUGGCAACCACGCAGCUUGGUGCGUGGCGCGCCUGAAGUGGACACGUGUCUCGUUGCUUUGUCAUGAUUGAUCAGAUACGCGCAAUGAACAGAUACGAAAGUAAGUCGCAGAAGAAAAAAAAUACUGUUGGAAGUGAAUAAAAAGUAUAUAUAU